AUGCUGGCUGCCGCUAUCGGCUACGGCAUCAUCAACAGCAAAACCUCGGUGAAUUACAUGACCCUGUUUCCCACGGCCAAGCCGACUCGUGAGGAGCUGGACUUGGCCGUCCAAGACAUCCCUGACGACGACUACAACAUAAUGCAGAACACGAUUCUCGACGACAAAAAUAUCGCUAAGAAGGCUGAGCCGGACAAUGCUUACGGUUCUAAUUCUGACUGA